AAAGCGAAAGCGAAAGGGGCAGGGCCUGGAAAGACAAGAGAGGGGAAGGGAAGGGGAGGGAAAGGCCAUGGCCGGCGGCGGCGGGCGGCGAGGCAGCGCCUCGGAGCCCCCGGGGGAGCCCUGAGCCCCCGGCCCGGUGCCGCCGCCCAUGGCGCGCCCGCUGCUGCCGCUGCUCUGCGGGGCCGUCGCCCUCCUGCUGCCCUGGGCCGCCGGCGAAACCGCCGGCGUGUGCACGCAGCGCUGUAAAGCGACUCCGGCGGCGAACGAAACGCAGGAGAGCGUUUUCCCCGAAGGCAGCACCUCCUGCCCUGGCCCCACGGACGAUGCUCCCGGCGGCGCUGAUGGAAUCAGGACCGCGGUUUGGGGCACAGAGCGUGUUUAUCCGGGGCGGUCGGGAACAAAUGGCGCAAUGCGGAGCUGCUUGGGACGCAGGGAAGGACGUCGGGAGCAGGUUUGGUGGCUCGAGUAAAACUCGGCUGCUUUUAGCUCGGCCGCUGGAUAACUCGGGAGGUGCCGCAGCCGCUGCAUCCGCUGCAUCCGCUGCAUCCCGCUGAGCUCGCACCAGGUGUCGCACCCCCUGCUCUCCAUCCCCGGGGCUGCGGUUCUCGGGGAAAGCACAGAAACGCGUGGAUAUUUGUCAGGAGAAAUCUUUUCUUGCCUUUAGGAAGCGGGGAGGGUAAAUCUGAGCCUGGCACCAGGGGAAGCUCCAGCACCGGGCUCCCUGCGGCUCUCCUGGAUGCGUGGGGCUGAACCUGAACUCGCCUUUUUUGUGCAGAUUUGGGGAUUUGAGGAUUUGCUCAGCAGGCGACUCACGCGGACAACUCCGUAUGCGUUCAGUUUUAACUUAAUUCCAGUGAAAAUUAAAUUUAUGCUUAUUUUCUUAACACCUUCCAUUACCGUCACGCCUGAUUUUACCACGGAGCGAUUUUUUCCUUUUCGGUAAGAGACAAACCCACCGGUGUCUCCUCGUUGGAUGUUUCCAUCCUAACCCCUCUUCCUCGCAGCCACGGGCACGGCUGUUCGAUUUCACAUGCUUUGGGGCACGUUAGUUGCAAAACGGAAAAAAGUUUUACUUAUUUCUGUGGUUUUGGUGUCUUCCUUGGAUUCUCUGGUCUCGGGCACGGAGUUGUGAAAUUUCUCUUUCCUCCAGUUUGUUUUUUUUUUGGCUCAUGUUCUUUAGAACAUUCGCAGAAAACGGGACCCGCUCUCAUUUUGCUGAUCAUUUUCGGAGGAGAUUCAGCCACCAACGUGGGAAAGCUUUCCCGAUGGAGAUUCUCUGAUGUCUCAUUGGGGUUGUGCAGCCCCUGAUGCUGGAGGGGGACGGCUCGGCGACGCAGGAACGGGGAAUCCAGGGUCCAAAACCCGCCUGGACCCGAGGUGUGCGCCCAGCACAGCAGCUCGCUCCCAUGCGAUGAGUUUUUGAGCAUUUGGGCUGGCACAUUAAUGGCAAAACUCAACCUGAGACGCUGGGAAGGAGCGGGGAUCAACAGAGGGAUGCUUUUGGCCGUGCCGGCAGUUUUGUGAGCUUUUCCUGGAGUUAUCUAGGAGAACAGAAGGCAGAUGGGCUGUUUUUUGUAAGGGGAAAGCAAACCCUGGGAAGCGCUGGCUGCACGCCACUCCCUGGCACUGACCAAAUCCAGGGGGCUUUGUCCAGCUGGAAAUCUGAACCCCCGAAGGCUUUCUCCCCUUUUGCCAGCUGGAUUUCCCACUGCGCUCGCUUUGCUUUCGCGUCGUUUUUAUUUUUGGCACCGGAAGGUCUUUCCACUAAUUUUAUGGCACCGCCGCAGGUUUAUUGCCAGGCGAGCGUGCUGCGGAACGUCCGUGGCGCUGCCUCCUUUUCCUCCUGGAAAUGUCACCGCUCUCUUGAGCGGAGGCUGAGAACUGACGCGCUCGGCACGCGCCCGGCAUCGCUCACGCCCUGGACCUCAGCGAUGGUGUCUGCAGCAUUUCAGGAUUUCCCGGCACCGGGGGACAUGGCACGGAGCUGCCCAAACACCAAAACGAAGGGAAGAGGGAGGCAGAAGCAGCCCGGGUGGCUCGGACCGCCCCAGGCAUCCAUGGGGCUCUGCCAGGAGAUGCUGCGGAUACAAAUCGGGGCGUUUCAGCAUUAAGUAGCUUUUAUUUCCGUGUGAUUUGGCUUGUCCCUGUCAAUUUGAAGGACGAGGGAUACCCACAUGGCAGCGCCCGAAGCUGCCCUUUGGCUUCUCCCAGGGUGGCGAGCCGGUCCUGGCUUGCUGCCCACUUCCUUUGCGCCUUUGCCAACACGUGCCGCGGAGCUGCGGUACUGCUGCCAGCGCGGCGGAGGCAGCCGUACGUGCCCCGUGCCCCUGCCCUGAGAGCGGGUGGAAAUGCCCAGAAAUGGACCCCGGAGGGGAAGGAGGGCUCGUGCAAGAGGGAGGCUGUGACGGGGUUUGCUCACGAACUGUUUUUGCUGGUUCUGUGAUGGGAAUUCCCAUCGUGUUCCCAUCCCUCUUGACAUCGCGCUCCCAUCCCCAUCAUGCUCCCGUCCCCACCACGUCCCCACCGCUGUUGUCCUCCUGUCCCCAUCGCCAUCAUGCUCCCAUCCCCAUCGUGCUUCCAUCCCUGUUCCCAUUGCUGUCACGCUCCCAAACCCAUUGCGCUCCUGUCCCCGUUGCCACCAUGCUCCUGUCCCCGUCGUGCUCCCAUCUCUGUCCCCCACUGCCACCACGUUCCCAAUCCCAUUGCCACCAUCAUUCCACCCCCGUCACCGUCGUGCUCCUGUCCCUGUUAUUCUCCCAUCCCCACCACUGCAACCCCAACCCCGUUGUCCUUGUGCUCCUACCGACACCCCGCUCCCGUCCCCGCCACACCGCUGCGGCCGCUGGGCGCUUCCCAGAGCCACUGGGAAGGGUUAGGACCUCACGUACAGCCUCGACUCCUGGUGGCCACCAGCCUCGGGGACAUCACCAAAAGUUGCUUCAGCCUAGCAUCGCACCGGGAAUCCCUCCCUGCCAAACGUGCCCCAUCCUGGGGGGCACUGCUCCAUCCGUGCUGUGCAGCCGCGCAUCCACGCCGUGCGUCACGUCCCAACCACAUCCCGGUGCGUGCCCCGCGGUGUCACCGCUCUGCCCAGGCCGGGGGGCAGGCUGUGGACACGCGAGCCUUUCCCACGUCGCAGCGAGGGCACAGCCUCGGGGUAGGAGCCGUCGGGAAACUUUCUCCAUCGCGCCAGGGAAAAGGAAGCGAAAUCGUGACACCCUCUUGCAAAACCGACCCCAGAUCAGAGCUAAAGGGGAAGCACGAGCGCUGCUGGGGAGAAGGACAGUGUUAACUCAGAUCCCCACCGUCCUGCUGCCUGGCCACGUGGCGGUCAGAUUUUGGCCACCUCUGGGGUCGUGGGUCACAGCCACCAGCGGGGGUGACAACCCCAGGAAGCAGCAGGAGGACUCGUGCAGCGCCUGGAAAUUCCCACGUCCUGCAAAACAGGAGGAGAACAGAGCGGAGACGGAGCGUGGUGGCUGGCGGUGGGACGCGGCUGACCAAGAAGCUCGCUGCAGGGGGAGACAUUCUGCUAAAAGGCUUUUUUCUGCUAAAAGGCUUUUUUUCUGCUAAAAGGAGCUGCUCGAAGGGACCACAAACGUGCCAGAAACCCGGCCAUAACCGGGGCCCUGUGCGUGGCACACCGCUGUCCCCUUUCCCCGUGCCCCCCGUGCAGGCACAGCCGCCUCCGUUUGUAGGCUCUGUGCUGGAUGAGGCUCUCCCAGCCCUGGAGCAGCACCAAUACCCCGUACCCACCUCCCCAGCAGGAUGGAACCCCCCCGCGUUGGGCACGGUGAGCCAGGAGAGCGCCUCAUGCCCCCGUUAUCAUCUUCAUUUCUUUGUUUUCCUCCCCCGUGACAGUGCGAUGCAGCCGCCCCAAGGACGUGGCCAACGCGCACAUCGACGUGGGCAACAACACGCAGCUCAACGCCUGCCU